AUUUUGGCUCGUUCACUCGACAUCAAGAAACAGCUUCAGCAGUCUUUCCAUGGCCACUCAUCCCCUAUGAGUGGCAGUGGAGGGGUGACCAAGCCACGUGCCCGGCGGGACUCGGCAUAUCACAUCAAGACUGAAGACGGCGAUGCCGAAACGCGCAAUGAAAACGACCGCAACGAAGCCGAGGAGCAGGGAAUCGAGCGCAAGCGCCGUGACAACAUCAACGACAAAAUCCAAGAACUCCUUGAGCUCAUUCCUGGUGCGUAUUUCCAGGACACCAGUGUGGAUGCUGGGAUGGCUCCCGGGCAUCCGUUUGAUGAGGCGCUGGCCUUGGCGAAAUCGACCGGCACGCGCGACGGCAAGCCCAACAAGGGCCAGAUCCUCACGCAGGCUGUUGAGUACAUCCAGUUCCUUCAGAACGUCAUCGACGAAAACAAUCGCAAGGAGGUCGAGUUGUGCUUGAGGAUGCAGUCGCUCCACCUGCUGAGAAGCGGUGGCCUGAACCCCCCCUCAGAUGUGCCUAUGGCUGUCGGGCCCACCAGUGCUGAACAGGCGCUUGGCGAGAUUGGUGUUGGGCCGGAGUCUGACGCAUACUUCCGUGCGGUGCUUUUAGAGUCGCACGGCGGUAUCAAAAGU